UGCGGUAAUUUUGAUCAGUUUUUGGUAUAAAUAGGAAGCUGUUUUAGAAUUUUCAGCUCAUUUGAGGUUUUUCUUUUGCUCCGUUUGUGCUUGUUUUAAGUGGAAGUUAUGUUCCGCCUCCUGGUAAUCGCCGCCUGCCUGGCCGUCAGCGUGAACGCCUACUCCGAGGGUGCUCCGAAGGCCGCCUGCCGCGACCUGACCCCCCAGCAUGGAGCCAAGCUGCAGACGGACAAGCCGCCGUACAGCAUCACCGGGCCGCCCCAUGUGCGCGGCGACCAGAAGCUCACCCUGACCCUGGGCGGCGAGGAGUUCCUGGGCUUCAUGAUCCAGGCUCGCGACGGCCAGAACCGCGUCGUCGGCCAGUUCCAGGUGGUGGAUCCCAAGCACUCGCAGACGCUGGAGUGCUCCGCCAAGGACGACACCCUCACCCACCUGAAGGCCACCAAGGGCAGCCCGCUGACCAGCAUCACCUUCGAUUGGAUCCCGCCAGCAGGCUACAAGGGCAACGUGAAGUUCAUGGCCACCGUGGUGCAGACCGGCUUCGUUUACUGGGUGGGUCGCGUCACCAAGGACGUGGAUGUGGAGUAGGCGGACCUUGUGAUAGAGUAUUUCCUUAGGAAACACUCAUGAUUUGUCUAAAAUCCUACAAGUCUAUGUUUACCAUUAUUGUUCCGAUUAGCUUUGGAGCAUAGUAUUCUUUGAAAAUAAAGUGAACAAAAUUUCGUUGAUGAAAGAA